AUGGCACCGUUUCCAGACGAGGUGGACGUGUUCACCGGGCCUCACUGGCGCAUGAAACAGCUGGUCGGCCUUUACUGCGACAAGUUGUCGAAGACAAACUUCUCCAACAACAAUGACUUCCGUGCAUUUCUUCAGACACUCUGUGCCACCUUUAAGGAGUUCAAGAUCCAUGAGCAGAUUGAAAACGAGUACAUAAUCGAUCUGUUGCAGCAGCGCAGCCGUACCACCUACAACGUGCACUCCGACAACAAGCUCUCGGAGAUGCUGUCCCUGUUUGAAAAAGGGCUCAGAAAUGUCAAGAAUGAGUGUGAGCAGCUGAACUAUGCACGCCAGCUGAAAGAACGACUUGAGGCCUUCACCCAGGACUUCCUCCCUCACAUGAAGGAGGAAGAGGAGGUGUUUCAGCCCAUGCUGAUGGAGUACUUCACCUAUGAGGAGCUGAAAGCCAUCAAGAGGCAGGUGAUAGCGCAGCACUGCAGCCAGCAGCAUUUUGGCACGGCUGCCGAAGUGCUGAAGGGUUUAAACCUGUGGAGUCAGGCAGAGGAGCUGCACAAGGUCUUCAAAUACUCUGACCACGAGAAGACUGAGGACGAGUUUGAAUACCAUGCAAGUACGCACAUCUCUGCGCUGCCGGAGGAGAUCUUGGUACGGCUGUUCCGCUACUUGGGACCAAAGGACUUGUGUCGCUGUAGUCAGGUGUGCCGUACCUGGGCAGAGGUGGUUAAGACCGGCUCACUCUGGAGACACCUGUACCCGGUCCGUUGGGCCAGAGGUGAUUAUUACCGUGGUCCCCCAGGGGAGCCAGAUCAGGAUUCAGAUGAGGAAUGGGUUCGCAGUCUGCUGAAAGAAGGGCGUGCAUAUCAGGAGUGGGAUGAAGAUGCAGAUGUUGAUGAAUCAGAGGAAGCCUGUGAGGAUUCGUCGGCUAUCAGUACUGUGCACAGAGAGAAAAACUUGCUUAAUGGAAUGAUCCAGAAUCUUCUCCCAGCUGUGGGACCAUCAAUUCGCACCCUCAGCCUGGCCUACAGUGCUGCUGUCUCCAGCAAAAUGGUUCGUCAGAUCCUUAGCCUGUGCCCAAAUCUUACCUACUUGGACCUCACACAGACAGAUAUUACAGAUUCGGCCUUUGACAGCUGGGGGGAACUAGGAGCAUGUCGCUUACUCGAGCAUUUGGACUUAUCAGGAUGUGAAAAGAUCACCGACUACACCUUGAAGAGAUUGGCUUUGGGUUUAGGUGAUCUGACCAAACCCACGUGUUCCAAGAACAACCAGGACCGCCAAACCAAAAUUCUGAAGUCCUCGCCUUCAACUCUUAAACUUCUGGACAAACACUCCGGUUACCCGCUGGGACGCCCCCGCUCAGCUCUCGUCUUCAAGUGGAGACCUGGUGGACAGAGCGUGGGCUGCAGCUCUGUGUGGGUGCUGGAUCCAACCGAGCUGGCCGACAUCGAGGACGCUGCCGACUGGAGCAGACGAGGGAGUGUGGCUGCACAGGACGGGGGCCGGAAUGAUAUUUUAGAUCUGCAGACAGAAGGCAGGUCUUGCUGCUGCAGGAGAAGCAUAAGUCGGGGCUACAGGACUGACAUUGGCUCUGCGUACUUGCAGCAGCUGUAUGGUACUUUUGGGGAAAUGCAGUGUGGUCACUCCAAAUGCUGUGGCUUAGACACUGUGCUUAGGACAGUAAAAGGAGUACAGUACGAGUCACAGGCCAUGGGGGGCAGCACUAAUGUUUGGACUAAAUGCCCUGCAGGGGGCGACUCUAAGACUGAUCAGUCAGGAGCCUGUCGAGCUCUCAGGUUCCUCAGCCUGUCAGGAUGCUAUCAGAUCACAGACUUCGGCCUGAGGUGUUUGACUCAGAGAGGAGGGCUCCCCCUGCUGGAACACCUGAACCUCUCAGGCUGUUUGUUCAUCACUGAGGUGGGACUGCAGGAGCUGGUCACUGUUUGCCCCUCACUCAACGACGAACACUUCUACUACUGCGAUAACAUCAAUGGUCCUCAUGCUGACAGGGCGAGUGGAUGUCAGAAUCUGCAGUGUGGAUUCAGGGCUUGCUGUCGCUCCGGAGAGUGAUCACCUACCCCAUAUAUCUCUCUGUUUGUUUAUUUCUGUAUAGCUCUACUUCUCUCUGCUUUUCUCCCCCUGUUAAACCUUAGAGACCGACAAAUGCAAAGUUUUUGGUUUAAUGACUCAGCUGUUGUGGAGAUGUAAUCUUUAUUACUAGUUAAAGAUCCUUUUCAAUCCGGUAUAUCUUUCAGUCCUAAAAAAACUGUGUAUGAUCUUAUUACUUCUCCUAAAUUUAAUUUAAAGGAGUUGUUUUAAUUUUUUACAGGACAUUUUUUUUUUAUUAAAACCCCUUUUCUCCCACUCUAGUCUUAUCCAAUUACCUUUCCUCCACCACUGCAGACCCCUACCCUGGCCGAGGAGGGAUGUACCUAGCACACACACCCUUCGACACACGUGUGUAGUGCCAACCGCUUCUUUUCGCUCGCCCGUAGCGGAUUAAGAUAGGCAAUGAGGAAUCACUUCCUCUCUCCUACCCGGCAGACAUUAGCCAGUCAUGUCUGCAUGCAGACACAGAGAAAGAGGACUGAUCAGUGGAUACAUUCUACUGACCUUAUGUACUUUAUUUUGACUUCUGAUACAAACUGGGAAUUAAGGAAUUCAACACGUGUAAAUACAACCCACUAAAUUCUUAUUUAGAAUUUAGUUUUAGUUUUUGAGUGGAAAGGUAACGCAACAUUCAGGAAACAUUUGAAAAAAAAGGAUGCGUUGAUUUAUUUACUAAUAUUAAUAAGGUUUAUGACGCUUGAGUGGCACAGUGGUAAAUUUUGCGAGCCCACUAUCUACUGCUAUCGAGCCCACUACCUACUUUUAUCGGCUGGUCGGGCAUCUACAUGCAGACAUGGUUGCCUAUGUCUAGGUCAGGUGGCCGAGGCCUUGCAAUGUAUUGCCAUUAUGUCCAGAGUGUGUUACUGCAUCUCGCCCAGUAGUUCCGGAGAAACUGGACCCACCAUUGAAAAUAAAUGUUCAAAGGUUUACCCAUUAUUUUCCAUUUUGCAAAAUUUCUCAUCAUGUUUAAACACACCUUUACAUUAUUAGAGUUGCAUAAUUAAGCCAGGUUUAUAAUGACUGUGCCUGUGUCCACACCAGUCUAGAGUAUCCGAAGGCUGCGAGUGUUGACAAAAGUCUGACAGCAAAACUAUUCCUGAAAUGGACCGUGUAGGGUUUGUGAGGCUUUCAGAUAGUUAAAGUUACAGAUCUACGGUGUGAAUAAUUAAAAAUAGGUUUGGUCUCUAAGGUUUUAUCCUGUGCUCAUGUUCUAUUCCUCCUCUCACUUUCUCUGAAUCCUCAUCUUUAAGCCUCUCCUGGUGUUCUGUGCUGUUGCGCCUCCUCUGUUUGCACUUUACGUAUAGGAGCGCUCUGUGCUGUCUCUUGUGGGUGGGGGUUCCCCUUAUAUUUAAAUCCCCUCCUCUGCCAGCCUGGGCUGAAUGACUGGGUGGGUUAAAGUGUAAGAUGUACAUUUGUAGAUGAUUGUCUCAUUGAUGUUCGUUGUUGCUUUGAGUUUCUUUUACAUUUAGGACACUAUUUGUUCUAGCGUGUGCUUUAAAGGAAAAAUUCAUGUUCAGAGUGAAAACUUUUUUUUUUAAUAGUAGUCUUAUCCCACAUUACUCGACAUGAUUCAGUAAGCCUAUAGUGCAACGCUGCUAGUAAACAUACAUACAACAGCUCUCUAGCCGGUCUUUACUGUACAGAUAAAGCUUCUGUAAAUACGUGUUUGACUUUCUUUCCUUAUUUAGUAGUUCAGACUUAGCGUAAGCAAGCUACAGCAGGGCAGUUUCCUCAAUACAUGAUUGAUGUAUAGAAGAAAUAAAACAUAUUUUGGCGACGGAAUGAGAUUUCCCCCCGUACCAUGGAUGUAAUCAUUCAGCGUAGAUGUGAUUGGUGUCUGAAGUUGCUAUUUAAGGUUUGCACUGAAGCAACAAAGCUUAUGUGGCAAUAGUUUAGCAUUGUACAAACUUUAUACCUUGAUUUCUCAUAACAGUUUAGCUUAAAUGGAUAACAAAAUGAUGAAAUGUGUGCACUACCCAUCAAGUCAUUCAUUUUCGGAGCACAAUGGAGUAUGCAAUUUAGCAUGCUGACUAGCUAAAGGUUACAUGUGCAGUUUCUUUAUCUGAGUUUCAAGUUGCAUAGCUUAAUGCUUAGUGAUUUAUUUAAUAGUACGUAAACACUUUGUAAUCACUGUGAUCAAGGCUGAAACACAGUCUUUAGUAUCAGGAACUACAUUUACAUUGUUUUAUUGUCAUCAGCAUAUAAUAGCACUCAGACGUGACAGAAAACUACCACAAUAAAUGUGAUUUCAUGAAGCCCAGUGUUAAAAGGCUUGGUUGAUUGACUGAAGCUGACUGGGGUCCCAGUCAGAUUCUGCAUUCAGCAGAUGGGAAACUGGAGAAGCAGGUUACUAAGGAGCCAACAAGAUAGUUACUGAUUACAUUGGUCACAAUUUUAUAACACCAGAGUGUCAAAUGGCAUCGGCUGGCACAGUGGUGAUAUUGGCUGACAUGAUUGGCUGGCUAUGUCUAAGGGUGGGGGGAGCGGAUGUGGUCAAUGAUGAAAUAAAAACACAUUCUCACUGAUUUCUGCAAGUGUGUAAUGUGGUUUACUUGUAGCUUGUAUUUCAGGCUCAGAUCUUUGAACAUCAAAUAUGUCUUGGUGAAGUAAAACUGAGGUAAAGAGGAAAAGUCAUGUACACUUCUGGCUGAACUGAUUUAAGCAUAAUUAAUGGUUCAACUGCACUGCAUGUUUGCAACAUAAAAAUAAAGUUGUAUCAUUGUAAA